AUGAAAGAAGCCAAAGCUAAAGAUUACGUGUUGUUUGAUUCCACAGGCAGACUUGUAGGGAGAAAAACACAUCAGCAGGAACGGGGUCUGGGGGAUCGGGAGAUCCCUACGGCCGUCCUUCUGCUUUGCCUUGUGAUCUGCUGCCACCUGCUGGUUAUCUCAGAGAAGGCAGAAGGAAGCUUCAGGCUCAGGAGGAUAUGGCAAGAUGGCAGAAGUAGAGCAGAAGAAGAAGUGGACCUUCCGAAACUUCACCUACCGCGGCGUGGACCUGGACCAGUUGCUGGACAUGUCCUACGAGCAGCUGAUGCAGUUGUACAGUGCGCGCCUGCAGCAGCGCUGAACCGGGGCCAUUGGUGGAAGCAGAGCUCUCUGCGGAAGCAGCGCUCUCUGCCGAAGCUGUGCUCUUUGCCGAAGCGCCUGCGCAAGUCCAAGAAGGAGGUGCCGCCCGUGGAGAAGCCGGAAGUGGUGAAGACGCACCUGCGGGACUUGAUCCUGCAGGAGAUGGUGGGCAGCAUGGUGGGCGUCUACAACUGCAAGACUUUCAACCAGGUGGAAAUCAAGCCAGAGAUGAUCGGCCACUACAUGGGUGAGUUCUCCAUCACCUACAAGCCCAUGAAGCACGGCUGGCAGGGCAUCGGGGCUACCUCCCGCUUCAUCCCCGUCAAGUAG